AUGCCCCUCGCAUUCCUCAUCACAGGAGCCACCGGCAACCAAGGCAGCGCCGUGAUCAACGCCCUGCUCGGUCAGGAACUCGACGUGGAGAUCCUCGCCGUGACCCGCAACCCGCACUCCAGCGCCGCCCGCCGCCUCACCCAGAAAUCCCCCAAGAUCAAGCUCAUCCAGGGAGAUCUCGACCACCCGGCACAGAUCUUCGAAAAUGCGAAGAAAGCCGCGACGUUGCCGAUUUCUGGCGUCUUUAGCGUUCAGAACCCCUUCGCCUCCGGCCAAAGCGUGCAAAAAGAAGAACACCAAGGCAAAGCCCUGAUCGACGCGGCCCUGGCGCACCAAAUCCCGCACUUCGUGUACAGCUCCGUCGACCGCGGCGGCGACGCCUCCAGCGACAACCCGACCAGCAUCCCGCACUUCAUCAGCAAGCACCGGAUCGAGCAGCACCUGUUCACGCGGACCCGCGAAGCCGAAGCCGGUGGCGCUGGCGGCAGCAACAGCACCACCACCACCACCACCAUGACCUGGACAAUCCUCCGCCCGACCUUCUUCUUCGAGAACCUCAGCCCGACCACGGGCCUCGCGGGGCGAGUGGCCGCGACGGCGUGGGACGCCUACCUGCAGGGGAAGCCGCUGCAGUGCGUGUCCGUGGCGGACGUGGGCCACUUCGCGGCGAUGGCGCUGGUGCGGGCGGGCGCGGCUGCGGCCCCGUUCCGGAACCAGUGCCUGUCGCUGGCGGGCGACGAUCUGACCUACGAGCAUCUGCAGCGGACGGUGCGCGCGAAGACGGGCGGCCGCCCGCUGCCGACCACGUACCGCGUGCUGUGUUAUUUGGUGCUGUGGGUGAUGGGCGAUCCCCGGACGAUGUUCACGUGGUUCUAUGAGCAAGGGUACGGGGCGGAUAUCCCGCGGUUGCGGAAGUUGUAUCCCGGGUUGAAGAAUUUGGAGGGGUGGUUGGAGGAGUGCGAGUGGGUGAAGAAGAAGCGUUAG